CAGACUGCCACUUUGAGAAUGGAGAUGACCAUGUGUUUUCCUCUGUUGCUGCUGAUCUGCUCUCUCUCUACGGCUCAGCUUCAGUCUGACAAUGAAAUUGUUCCACAUCAUGCUGAAUCCCAGGGAGGAGAACCAACAAAUGUGUCUGAGCACCAACAGACCUGUCCUCAAGACAUCCACGCUGUGCUGAGAGAGAUGAGCGCCUCUUUGGCUGAACAGAGGGUGGAGAUGAGGCACCUUCAGAGAGAGAAUGAAGCACAGGCAGCUCAGCUGAGAGAACUGGAGUUACAGAAGACUGAGAUGGACAUGUUGAAGCUACAGCAACAAGCACAAACCGCUAAGCUGGAGUUACAGAAGACUGAACUGGAGAAGCAGAAGACUGAGGGGGACAAGUUAAAGCAACAACUUCAAGUACAAGCAGCAGAGCCGAUCACUGUGAAAGCCAGGUCAAAUCUCACAGAAAACCAGGUGGAGGCUCUGAAGAGAGACGGAGAAGUCAAACAGGUGGCUAUCUCAGCCUCUCUGUUGGCUUCAGGCUCAGGAACAAUCGGACCAUUUAACACUGAAUCUAAUCUGGUCUUCAGAUACGUCUUCUCAAACAUUGGGAAUGCCUACAACCCAAACACAGGUUUUUUCAUUGCACCAGUGAGAGGAGCCUACCACUUUGAGUUCUACGUAAACGGUCCCGGUCAUCCGACACUUCCUUCAGGUGCUGUGUUGUUCAAGAACGGAGAGAGAUUUUGUUGA